AUUGUCUGUGCGCUCCACAAAAAUCUCUCUCUCUCUCUCUCUCUCUCUCUGGGGGAAAUGGCAGCUUCUUCAACGCUUUCCCGCCUAAACCUCGUACCCAGACCAUCGCUUACCUAUGCACUAACCACUCUCAGAGCCCUAAAACCCCGUUGUAGGCAACAAUCCAGACCCCAAUGGGCACCUCUCAGUUCCUCGUCCAACUCCUUCUCAGCCCAUCUUUCGACUCCCAAAAAUCCCAACCCGAGCUCCCCGAAACCCCACCCCAAAAUCCCAGGACCAGACGACGAUUUACUUGUUCUCGGCAUUGAAACCAGCUGCGACGACACCGCCGCAGCCGUUGUGAGGAGCAGUGGCGAGAUUCUCAGCCAAGUAGUGUCCUCCCAGGCAGAUCUGCUUGCUCGAUAUGGAGGUGUUGCUCCUAAAAUGGCAGAAGAAGCACACUUGCAAGUAAUUGAUAAGGUUGUGCAAGAAACACUUGAUAAAGCUAAUGUAAGUGAGACGGAUCUAUCAGCUGUUGCUGUUACUAUUGGUCCUGGUUUAAGCCUUUGCCUUCGUGUUGGUGUGCGAAAAGCUCGGAAGACUGCCGGUAGCUUUAAUUUACCAAUAAUUGGUGUACAUCACAUGGAGGCUCAUGCUCUAGUGGCCAGGUUAAUCGAAAGAAAUCUGCAAUUUCCUUUCAUGGCCCUGCUUAUUUCAGGAGGACACAACCUACUUAUCCUUGCUAGAGAUCUUGGUCAAUACGUACAACUUGGGACCACAAUAGAUGAUGCAAUUGGUGAGGCAUAUGACAAAACAGCAAAAUGGCUUGGUCUUGAUAUGAGGAGGAGUGGUGGGCCAGCUAUAGAGGAGCUUGCUCAUGAAGGUGAUGCAGAAUCAAUCAAAUUCUCAAUUCCAAUGAAACAACAUAAAGAUUGCAACUUCUCCUAUGCUGGUCUGAAGACUCAAGUGAGGCUUGCAAUUGAAUCCAAGCAUAUCAAUGCUGAAAUUCCCAUUUCUUGUGCAAGUAGCCAUGAUAGAAGUUCUCGAGCUGAUAUCGCUGCCUCUUUUCAGCGAGUUGCAGUAUUACAUCUAGAGGAAAGGUGUGAACGAGCAAUUGAAUGGGCAUUGAAUAUUGAGCCUUCUAUAAAACAUUUGGUUGUCGCUGGAGGUGUUGCAUCUAAUUUGUAUGUUAGGGCUCGACUUGAUCAGGUUGUCAAGAAAAACAACUUGCAACUUGUGUGCCCUCCUCCCAACCUUUGUACUGACAAUGGUGUAAUGGUAGCUUGGACAGGCAUUGAGCACUUACGCAUGGGCAGAUUUGAUCCGCCACCUCCUGCAGAUGAACCUGAGGAUCUUGUGUAUGAUUUGCGACCAAGGUGGCCUUUGGGGGAGGAAUAUGCUGAAGGAAGAAGUGAAGCUCGCUCCUUGAGAAGGGCCAGGAUGCACCCGUCUCUUACAUCAAUCAUUCAAGCAUCACUGCAACAGCAACGGUAGCUUGCAUUUCCUCUUUCUGUUCACUCCUCGAUACAACUCCAUAAGCGGAGCUAUAUCUUUGGAUUAAGCUCUAUAUAUAUGUCGUAAGAGCUGGCAUGCUGUCACUGAACUGAGCUUAUGAUGGUGAUUAGAGAUAUCUGACCUAUUGCAGUAUUAAAAUGCACAUUUCCAUGUAUGUGGAUGUGGCUCUUGUCCACCAUAAAUAUUGCAUACAAGUAUCCACUUUAUGACUUCUAUGAAAAUGUAGUAUAUGUUUAAGUUACAUUCGGUGGUUCUUCUGUAGAAAAUUAUUUAAUGAUUCCUUUGGACGGUUCAGAUUGA